AUGCGCACCGUUAGGAUGGCGUUUGCUGGGACAAAUAUCAGUUUGUUCCAGCCGGAUAUCACGCAAAAACUAACGGAGCGCAUAGAUGACCUGAAGCAAAAAGUCGCUGCUUGGGGGAAGCGGAUUCGACGAUUUAACGAGAGGUCAAGGCGGUUCAACCAGAAUCGUCUCUUCCAGAGUGAUCAGAAGAGGCUCUAUAAAUCAUUGGAGCGACCAAAGGUAUGUGGAGCGGGCCCAGGACCGGAUCAGGCUGACACUGUCGCAUUUUGGCGUGGCCUGUGGUCAGAGCCCGUAAAACAGCGAGGGCCCUUGAUGGAAGUUGUGGCGAGCCAGAGUGCAAGUGUUACGCCUAUGGACCCCGUCACCAUAACGCUUGAAGACGUGGCUGAGGCGGUCCGUAGGGCCCCGAACUGGAAAAGCCGGGGCUCGACGGGCUGCAUCAUUACUGGCUGA